CACACACACACACACACAUAUACAUGCAUGUGCGAGCACUCCAGCACUCUGAGUGCAUCCAGACAUGGCUCGCCAGAGUGUGUUGCCGGUGCUGCUGCUGCUGAUUCUACAGGGCCACUGGACUCAAUGGACAGAGCCAGGCGUGGGUGCCACAGCGGUGCCGGACGGGUGUGUGUGUGUGAAGGAAGUCCCGUUUGUCCCCUGGAGGACCGUCUCUAACCUGAGCAUCGUGUUAGACAACCCUCUCUGCAGAACACACAUUAUCAUCACACAGAAGAAGAAGGGAGACGUGUGUCUGAACCCAGAUUCUGACCAGGGCAAAAGACUCCAGAAAUGCUGGAAAAAGUUCAGUAAGUACACCUACAGGAAGAGGGCAAGAAAUUGCCUGAGACCAAGAAAUCUGAGACCUGAGGCCAAGAAAAAGAAAACCAAGGCACACUAACUUCCCGUCAGCGCUAUUGAGCCAGGGCUGCAGCGUUGCUGACUGCCUACUUUAUCAACCAUCAAAUCAACAAUAUUUGCAUUUUCAGACAAGCCUGAACUGUAGUCUGCAUGUUGAAUCUGUUCACCAACCGUUGUAACUUUUUUAGGCCUACAUCUAUAAUACAGUGAAUUCGUAAUAGCCUACAGUAGCCUAACUGUGUUGCAUUGUAUGCAUAUCGACGGUGAAUUGUUUUUAUAGUUGUUUUUUUCUUAUUGCGUUUGAAUAUUAAUAAUAAAAAAAAUACCCAUAACAAUUAUGCCCUGUGCCCUCAUAAAUAAUUAAACGAUGUUAAU